AUGUUUGAGGGCCUUCCCCAGUCUUGCGAGACGCGAAACCCGUUUAUUGUCUUGCGUUUCGUGCUUUUAGGCAUCUUGGCCUAUAUCAACAUCCUCACUAUUGGGUUUGCAGCGUGGAACCUGACGGUGCUGAGGGAUCUUGACGUCCAUGUGCUCGGGUCACCUACCUUCGUACUGUUCAACUCGUGCCUCCUUCUGACCCUUCUGGCCUUCUGCUUUGCUUCGUCGCGGUUCCCCGUCAAAUUCAUCAACCAGGUGCGCUAUGAGUGCGCGUGGACAGGGGCUCUGUCCACACUGCAACUGGGCGGCUGCGUUGCCGUCACCGCGAACGGUCCUCCUGUCCUUUGUCAAGGCAUCAGCAUAGUCGCUUGCGCGUCUUCUUCGCUUGUCGUCGCACUAUCGUGGAUAUCCUGCAUGAUUCUCAUCUUGUAUUCCUUCUCGUUACUCACGACAACCGUAACGCACAUGCACGUCGUCGCGGACAUCUGGAUGUCUUCAGUAUAUGAGGUCCCCUGGUUUGUAGGGCCUUCCACCACCCUCGAGUACACCCCGCGCGUAGCUCGCACCGAGAAGGCACGUCAUUCCGACGUACUCGACAUCAAGCGCUUGUCCUUCCACUACCCAACGCCCAUCUUCGAGCAGUUCGCCAAGCCCCUCCCUCCCUCUCCUCAGCCGGGGUCUGCGCCCCCAUCUCCCAUCUGGCCACAUCGCCAGAGCAUUCCGGACUCGCUCCACGCAAUCCCACCCGUCGACCGCCGUUCAACCUGGACGAGCCGCCUCCUCACGAACACACGCCCUACCUCGCUCGCGCACAAGCCGAGCAAAGAGAGCAUGCGCCCGAGCUGGGCGAAGCGCGUCUCGCCCCGCCGCGGGGUCGACGCGCCGUUCGCGAUGCCUCCCAUGCCGCGCUUUUCCUUCCGCCAGCCCGUGCUGCCGCCCGUCCGCCCGCUCCGUCCGCUCAAGCUCAAGUCGUGCUGGAGCCAGACGACGGUGAACUCGCCCCCGCCCGUGCCUGCGCUUCCGCAGAAGGCUGUCGUCGUCGGGGGUCCCGGCUUGCCGUCGAGCUCCCCCACGGGGAGCUUCUAUAUCGACUUGGAGCGCGACGCAGUCGUGCCCGUGGGCGAUGCCUCGCGGCCGGUGUCGUACGGGAUGUUCCCGGAGGACGUUGGAGACCCCGACCAGCCCGUGACGCGUGCGCGGCUGUCGCAGUGGGUGCGCGCCGGCAGCGAGACGUCGUCUACCCGCUGA